AUGGCCGUGGACGCGGCGUCCAGCUUCAGUUUUUGCCGUGCCUCCCUGGAGCACACGCUGUCUGCUGAGGAGCUGAGCUACCAGCUGCCGCGUCGCGCCGGAGGCAGCAACCUGACCUGGCACGACGGCCGCGGCCAGAAGACGGGACACUCACGCACCGUCAAGCUACUGCAGCAGCCCGGCACAGAGGGCAUCCAGCUGCGUCCGGGUGAAGCCUUCACUGUGUAUCACACCAGUCCCACACUCUCCAGUCUGUCCAAACCUGUGGUGCUGUGGACUCAGCAGGACGUCUGCAAGUGGCUGAAGAAACACUGUCCUCACAACUACCUGACCUACGUCGAGGCCUUCUCUCAUCACGCCAUCACAGGACGGGCUUUGCUGCGUUUGAACGGCGAGAAGCUUGAGAGGAUGGGGAUCGUGCAGGAGACGCUGAGGCAGGAGGUCCUCCAACAAGUCCUCCAGCUGCAGGUCAGAGAAGAGGUCCGCAACCUGCAGCUCCUGAGCAGAACCUCCUUUGGAAACUUCUCUUAG